GGGCGAACCCGUUGAUUUUUCCACGGGCUAAAGACUAGUUUCUUAAUAAAAAAUAUAUCCAUCUACUGAGUAAAUUAGGCAACCUCGUCCCCAAGGAUUGUUGAGAACAAGGUUGGCAAUGCUCACUUGAGCAUCAUACCCCGCCAAGGUCGACAAGUUAUAGAUCAAUAAUUUUUAAAAGAAAUCAGGCACAUCUGCUGCUAAUAUAUUAUUUUUUGUUUGUUUUAUUGCUUAGACGGCUAUUAUAUCAUGUUGAAUUAUUUUUUUUAAAAUAACAAAUCAUUUGUACAGAGAUCGAUGUGCGCUACUGAAAUACUACGUAUAGGGUCACGUGCCACUAAAAAGGACUGGAGCUACUAGUCUAGUUUUAACGAACAAGAAGAUCGAAGCAGCCAUCAAGGCAUUAUCUGGGGUUACAUGAACUUAUAACAAACAGUGAAUAUGUGAUUGGAAAUUUCUUAUUUCAGUCGGUAAUAUGCUGCUGCUUAUCGUGGAUGUAUUCUUUUCUCUUCAACUCCAUUAAGAUGUUUCUCACUUCUUGUUUUAUGACUUCUGUAGGAUCUUUCUUGAGAAGUUUGUAAGGCCUGUUGUUGAUGUCUUUGUUGCAUUUGUCGAUGUAGUCAGGUGUAUUCAUGGUAACCGUUGUUCUUCCUUUGUCAGCCGGUAGGAUUAUGAUAUCUUUGUCUUUCUUUAGAUUCUUCAAUUACAGUCUUUCAGAUUUUUGCAGAUUUUGCUUUGGUGUUUUGCUUUUCUGUAGCGUGAGGCUUACUUUAGUUCUUACUGUGUCUGCCUCUUCUUUUGGUAGAUCUUUAAUUGCCUCUUGCACUUUCACAACUAUUUCUAGGACUUACCAAGGCUAAGUCUUAAUUGGGAUGAGAAGAAAAUCAUUGACAGAAAAUCAAGAACAAUGGCCAGGAAGAUUAAAGAAACCAUCAACAGUGUAUAACGUAAUAAACACAUUAAACAGCAUCUUGUAUCAACUUCCUGAGAUUUAGUUACCAGCCCUGAGAAGAAUUAGUUACCUAUAAUUCUUAUUUUUAUCAUAGAGCAUUAAAGAAAGAGAACUAAAAUUAGUUUUCUCCUCAGUUAUCUUUAUUUAUUUUUUUUUAUUCUUUUUUAUUAUUUAAGCAUUUACAGCAAAAUAUACCUAAAAAAUGUCAAUUUUUCUCCUUAAUACUCCUUAAAAUCCUUACUCUUGUUCUCAUUUUAUUAGUGGUUACCCUGUUAUAUAAAUACAUGCUAAACAUCAUUUUACUUUGCCUGAUAAUAGGAAACAUCGCCUACUAAACUAUCAUGUUGAAGAAAUGAUAAGCUUUCAACAGUAAUCUGAAAAUUCUGGUAGCUCCAACUUUAGUUUAACACAACAGCAACACAAUAGCAACAACGUUGUAAUAUCUGUACCAAUGUAUCAGAGCUGCACCAAACAGAACUAAAACCCCAUCCAACACUAUUGCAAUUAGUUUUACAGUCUAAACACAAACAGUAGGUUAACAACACACCAAAAAAAAGCGAAAAAAAACAUUGAGAUUGAAGUAUAGGCCAAUUGCUUUCAUCAGUGGACAAAAACCUUGUUGAUUCAUAAAUCCAAAUCAAAUCAGUGCAAGAAAACCAUGUAGCUAAAGCAAUUGAACAUGAUGUGAAGAUUCAUGUCCAUGCUGACCCACUCGAUAUGAAGUUACCCAUAUACCAAUAGACGUCAACGAUUUUUAGUUGUCAGCUUAGGUCAGAGGCCAAUUUGAUGUGAAAUUCUUAAUUUAUAUGCCAUUAGUAACAGGGGUCAGGUUCAGUGGCCUGGCUAAUUGAGGCAAUACCUAAUAUGGGUAAACAAAACAUGCACGACUGGUACAUGAUGUUUUUUGUCUGCUUCAAUUUUGAAGAUCAAUAUAGUGUUUUUAUAUUUUAGUUCACUUAACCAGCCUAACCAACCUAACUGGCAACUACAAUUAACAUGAGCUAAACUAUUUUUAUGUUUUUUUCUUUUGACAAAGGUUCAACAUGGAAUUUUUAUGGUAAAAACGGUAAUAUUUCUAUAAUAUAGCCCUUUCAGUAGUGUUUUUUACCCUUAAACUCCUAUCCUUAAACGAUCCAUAAUAGUAAUAAAUGCCCUGGUUCGGGUCGUUUACACAAAAAAUUUGUGGGUCAAGUAAAAAGAAUUACAGAUAGAAAUUUGUAUGACAUUAGGUUUACUUUUAUUAUAAGGUUUUUAUAUUCUUGUUUAAUAAGUUUUAAGAUUAAUUAACAUUAUUUGUUAAUUAUUAGUUUGCUUGUCGGGAUGGAGAUUUAUCCUGAGGAAGACUUAACUCCUUAUGAGAUAGAAAGACAGCGUAACAUAGUAAAUAAUUAUGAGUUUAUGAAGUCAUGUGGUCUUCCUGUAAAACCUUUAGUUUAUGUAAAACGUAAAAAGGUGGACAUAGAGCAGUUGUUUGAUUAUGUUAGCAAUGAAGAGGAUUCUGACAGUGAUGAUGAAGACUGGGCAACAGCAGCCACUUCCUUAAAACAUAAAGAACCAAAAUCAGUGGGCAUUGUUGAUAUACGCAAAAAGGUGAAAAAUCCCCUAAUUUUUUUGAGGAAGAAAAAAGAGUCUAAUUUAAAACAACCAAAUGUAUCACAACAAACAAAAAAGAAAAAAAACAAAGGAUCUUCAGAAAUACAUAAAAUCACUGUUACUGAAAACCAAAAUGAUUUACCUCCCAAGUGCGUAAGCAAAGAAAUCUCAUCAAAUAAUGCAUUAAUAAGAAAACGACCCAAGGUAAUGCUACAAGAAAUAAAGAAGGAAUCGUCAAGAUACCCAAAACGUGCUCCAAGAAAAAAUUAUAAAGAAGACGAAGUCCCAGAUGAUGAUCAUUAUCUUUUUUGUGAGGACUGUGGGGAUUUUUAUUAUGGUGACUGUCCAGUGCAUGGCGCCUUACACCCACUUGCAGACAAAUAUAACCCGGUGAAUGAUGAAAAAAAAUCUAUAGCGACGCUUCCUGAUGGGCUAGAAAUCAAUGAGAGUUUUAUUCCUGGUGCUGGUCUAGGCAUUAUCACCACACAAAAAUUUGAAAGUGGCACUAGGUUUGGUCCUUAUCAAGGAAAAAAAGUUCGGCCGGAUAUACCAAGGGAUGACGUUGACACAAGCUAUAUGUGGGAGAUCAUGAGGGAUGGUAAGAUAGUGUACUACGUUAACGGCAAAGAUGAAAAUUAUGGAAAUUGGAUGAGGUAUAUAAAUUGCUCGCGCACUGAACAAGAGCAAAACCUUAUAGCUUUUCAAUAUCACGGUGAAAUAUAUUAUCGAUUGUAUAAAGAUGUAGCUGCUGGCACCGAAUUGUUAGUAUGGUAUGGAGAUGAUUAUGCGAGAGAUUUGGGAAUAGCGCUUUCUGACGAUAAAAAGGCUAGCACAAAAAUAGGAGAAGUAUUUCCGUGUGAAGGCUGCAAAAUUUCAUUCAGUUCUUCUGAAUAUUUAUCCCGACAUCAAAAUUCCUGUCGUAGGAAGACAAGUUCAUUACGAAGUUUAAAUGAAGAAAAAUCUAUUUAUACGACAACAUUGAAAACAGAAAAAUGUGUUACGAAAUCUGAUAAAUGUGAUGUUUGCGGGAAGAAGUUUAGCUGUUCGUGUAAUUUGAAAACACAUACAAGAAUUAAUACUUCCGAGAUGCCGUAUAAAUGUGAUGUUUGUGGAAAACAGUUUAAUCGAUUGAGUAAUUUGCAAAGACAUAUGAGAAUUCAUACUGGUGAGAUGCCGUAUAAAUGUGAUGUUUGUGGAAAACAAUUUAAUCAGUUGGUUAGUGUGAAAAUACAUAUGAGAAUUCAUACUGGUGAGACGCCGUAUAAAUGUGAUUUUUGUGGAAAACAAUUUAAUCAGUUGGGUCAUUUGAAAACACAUAUGAGAAUUCAUACUGGUGAGAUGCCGUAUAAAUGUGAUUUUUGUGGAAAACAAUUUAAUCAGUCGAGUCAUUUGCAAACACAUAUGAGAAUUCAUACUGGUGAGACGCCGUAUAAAUGUGAUGUUUGUGGAAAACAAUUUAAACGUUCGAGUCAUUUGAAAACACAUAUGAGAAUUCAUACUGGUGAGAUGCCGUAUAAAUGUGAUGUUUGUGGAAAACAGUUUAAUCGAUUGUUUAGUUUGAAAAUACAUAUGAGAAUUCAUACUGGUGAGAUGCCGUAUAAAUGUGAUGUUUGUGGAAAACAGUUUAAUCGAUUGUUUAGUUUGAAAACACAUAUGAGAAUUCAUACUGGUGAGAUGCCGUAUAAAUGUGAUGUUUGUGGAAAACAAUUUAAUCAGUCGAGUAAUUUAAAAAAACAUACGAGAAUUCAUACUGGUGAAAAAUAACAUUUUUUAAUAAGCUUUUCUAACAUUUUAUUUAUUAAUUUAGUUUCAACAUAUUAAUUAUUUUGUAGUUAUCAAAAACAAUUUUGUAUAAAGUUCAAAUUUCCAAAUAAUUUAAAACAAGCUCUUUAUUCAAAAUUUAUUAUCAGUUCUUAGUGUCGAAAAAAACUACACUGCAAGUUAACAUUGUUUUUACUUAUUUGUUAAAAAAUUAAAAUAUAAAAGGCAUAAAAAUUUUAAUGGCGCCAUUUAAAAAAAUUAACGUGCUGUUAAAUAUUGUUCGAAAGCAAAAUAAAAUUUAUUCUGGAACCCGAGGCUAUGUUUUUUUAUAUCUAAGAAAUAUUGAUAUCUUACAAUAAAAUUAGAGUCGGUCAAAGAAAGGAGAGUUUCGGCUUGUUGAACUAAUAAAUUUCAUACACGUUGCUUAUUUCACGGACGUUUCUAUUUCCGACGAAAAGAAAUCUACAAUAUUGAAAUAAUCGAUUUCCCAUAAAAUCACCGUAAAAACUUCAUUUACUAAAAAUUUUAACUAAUUUUAGAGUAGCGCUUAAAAACACACAUUUCUGUGUUUGUAAAAGCUCUCAUUUUAGGAAAUUAUAAUGGUAAAAUGAAAAAAGAUUUAGUAACAGGCAUAAAUAACAGUCUGAGUGUAAAUAUGUAUGGUUUAAUUUCCCUCGCGUAAGUGAUAUUAUUCUAAACGUCGUGUCCCUCGAAAACUUGGUUUCCAAUAAAAUCUAUAAUUGUUGUGCAACUGUUGCAGAGAGAGAGAAAUUUCUAUCUCCACAACAUUUGCUUAUUUUGUUUUGUUGUACAAGGUGUUUCCAAAAAAGUCGUAACGGUGACCGUUGAGCAACAAAAUUUAGGUUGUUGGAAAGAAGCUUAACAUAAAACUUCGUUCGAUAAUAAUAAUAAGUUUUCUUACAAGAGAACUGUUUCAACGACAGAUCCACUUUCAACGAAAAGAUGUAUAAACAUUUUAUGCUGUGAAUGAUUUAAAGAACAAAGCUGUUUUCAGUGCAAGGUCGUUAUUUUUUUAAUUUCCUAAGUAUUCGAAUAACCGCCCAUUUGGAUCAAGCAAUAUGUUUAAGCCACCGCCCCUGGACGCUUAUUCUACAGGGGCGUUUAUAAAAAAAGUUACGAAAAGGGUAAGCUCUCCUUAUUCCAGAUGGGCGGUUAUUCGAGCAUUUACGGUACGAGUAAAAUAAAUUUUGCAGGGCAAUAAAAUUUCCAUAAUAAUAGUAUUCAGAAACUUUAGUUUGCAGGAGAAUGACAGAACUUUAAAACCUUCUUUCUCGAUAAUAGAAAAACAAAACACGAUAUCACAAGUUAUAAUUUAACACAAACAAAACGUCAGAAAUCACCUUGGCUGUUUUUCGACAGCAGAAAGAACAGUCGAAAUAGAUAUCUUCGUGAAUUAAAGUUGUCGAAAAAAAAGGAAAUUUUGCGGAAGAUAUUUCCUUGAACACCAAUAAAUCUGGAGAUAGUUGCAUGAAGUCUAAAUACAAACAGAUUUUAGAAUUCGCCGCUCAAUUCGCUUCGUGAAAAUCCCCCUUAAUGCACAGUCCAUUUAAACGAAAGUUUUAAACCUGACGGAUGAGUCAUAGGGCAAAACGGAUUGUGUAUUUUAAAAAAAAAUGAAACAUUUCGAACUGCCAAAUUUGACCGUCAUUUCGAAAAGAUGUCGUGUUUAUCUUUUUUGAUUAAACGGCUGAUAUUUCUGAAGUCGUUUUCAGUCAUUAUUGGGCGGAUUCGCUCGUUUUUAGUCAUUAUCAGGCAGAUUCGCCUAAUUUGUAGUAUUAUUGAGCGGAUUCGCUCGUUUUGAAGUAAAUAAAACAAGCACAACUGUUUUUUGCAGAUACAUGCCACCGUAGAAAAGUUCAAAAAAGAGUGGUGCGGAAAUUAACGAGACAUUAAUCGCGGAGGCAGCAGCCGUAGCGACACGUCGUUUC